UCCUGUCCUUUAUCUUCCCCGUAUCCCCCUUUCCUCCACAUCUCCAGUGCCUGGUCUUCCCCGACGUUCUAACCUCCGACUCUCCCAAACCCUCUGGUCCUUAUUCUUAGGUACCCAAUACCCCGCAAUCAUGGCUACCAAUGAUUCCCCCCUCGUCCUUGUGACUGGCAUCAACGGCUACAUCGGGUCUGCGGCUGUUCUGCAGUUCCUCGCCGCAGGCUACCGCGUACGAGGAACCGUUCGUUCCCUUUCCACCUACAAGCCCGCCCUUGUCGAGGCAUUCUCUUCCUAUAUUGAAGCUGGCACCCUCCAACUCGUCGAAGUUUCCGACUUCUUCGCCCCCGACGCCUGGGAUCAUGUCGUCCGCGGCGUUCACGGCAUCGCCCACGUCGCAGCCCCCGGCAUGCGCUCGGAGGACACCACCACGGACCCCAACAUCAUCAUACCGCAAGUCCGCGACGGCAUGACCAACCUCCUCCGCGCCGCGCAGUCCCGGGCCGGUCCGCAGCUGAAGAGCGUGGUGCUUCUUUCGUCCCUUGCCGCCAUAAUGCGCUUUAAACAGGACCCGGGCUACCGGUACACCGGCGACGAGUCCGUCAACACUCAAUACAUCGACAUGGCCAUCCAGCGCGCUGCGAAGCCCAAUCCGGGACUGGUGUACACCGCCAUCAAGGCCGCCAUCGAGCAGGCCUUCUUUGACUUUGUCGGCCAGCAGCCGGACGGUCCGGACCGCUCCUCGUCGUCCGCCUUCGCCGGCACCGUCGUCAGCCCAUCUUUCGUCAUCGGUCCCGUCGUCGUCCGGCCGCGCGAUCCCACCGCCUUGCCCGCCAGCGUCCGCUCCGCUUGGCACGUGGUCGCUGGUGGCCCCUGGCCCGCCGACUUCCCGUUCCCCGCUUUCGUCGACGUCCGCGACGUGGCGCGCGCGCUGGUCUUCGCCGUCCAGCAACCCGACCGUGCCGCCUCCCAGCGGCUGCUCCUUAGCGCCUACAGAAUCAAUUUCCAGGCCUACGCUGAUGGUCUUCGCGAAAAGCUCCCCGAGCGACGGGAUGCCAUUCGGCAGGGCGAGCCUGGCGAGGGAUACCCUGCUGAUUAUGUCACUUGGGGUGCUGAGGAGGUCGGGACGGACGGGAGCCGGUUUGUCCAGCUGUCUGGGCAGGACUAUAUCCCUUUUCCCCAGUGCAUUGUCGAUACGGCCAAGUCGUUCCAGCCUUAUAUGGACGAAGGGAAGGAUAAGGAGCUUGGGGACGAGGUUCCAGUUUUGUACUGAAUUUGGUGGUAUUUGCCUCGCGAUGCCUGUGGCUAUAGAAGCUACAACUCAUGAGAUGUAACGAUUUGCCUUCCAUCUGCCUACUGUUUUUGAAGAGGCAAAAAAAAAAAAGAAAGAAAGAAGACACAAGACACAAGACAUCCUUCUUGUCUCCUAGUCCAGAAUAAAAGGGGAAAGAGAACACCCAC